AUGAAUCAACCGAGCGAAAAGAGCGGACACGGCUCCCUGGAAUCUGGAAACUUUACCGAGAACAUCAUUUACCUCAAUUUAACUUUUGACGCGAAACUUCCUCUACCGUCACAAAAUUUUAAAGUCCCGAGACCGGAUUUAACCAAACUAGUCUCGCCUCACGAUUGGUCGCCAAAACAUAAGAUUUGUGUAACAUGGAUAUCGUGUAUUGCCACGCUAUUUGCUUCGUUUGCGGCAAGUUGCUACAGCCCCGGAGCGAAGCAAAUGGCUGGGGAAUGGCACAUCAGUGAAGUUGCUUCUCUCGUGGGUAUCACCACUUUUUGCUGUGGAUUUGCCAUUGGGCCCAUGUUCCUCGCGCCUUUCUCAGAAAUCACUGGAAGAAAACCAGUGUUCAUAGGAACUGCAAUCCUUCUUCUAAUAUGCCAGAUAUGCUGCUCAGUCACUAGGUCAUAUUCUGGAAUGCUUGUUGCUCGUUUUUUCGCCGGGAUUGGGGGAUCAACUUUCUCCACAAUGGUCGGUGGUAUCAUUGCUGACUUAUAUCCUCCGAAAGAGCGAAAUGGCCCUAUGACUUUAUUCUCUACAGCGGCACUGUUUGGUACAGGCCUUGGACCGCUCAUAUGUGGAUUCAUUGGAGAAAAUACAAGCUGGCGUUGGAUUUUUUACCUGCAGAUAAUCAUCGCGGGGAUGAUUUGUCUCGGUGUGAUGAUCUUCUUUCGGGAGACACGGAGUCACAUCGUGCUUAGCAGGAGAGCAAAGAUUUUGAAUGGGUGGUACGAGGCACUGGAAGCCGAAGGAUGCUUUGGGGUCCGGUUUCCACAGGAGGACGAAGCGUCCGAGGACCGCCCUCGACGGAUUCGUUGGAAAGUAGAUGAGGAAAGAGUGCAAUCCAGCCUCAUCCAGCUGCUCUGGACUUCGAUUCAUCGUCCUUUCUUACUCUUGCUAAGCGAGCCAGUGGUGUUUUUCUUCUCUCUAUGGGCGGCUUUCAGCUGGUCCAUUCUCUAUAUCAACCUAUCCGUGAUACCUCUGGUGUUCCAGGCCACCUACCAUUUUUCGCUAUCUCAAGCCAACUCAAUAUUCGCCGCGACGUGCAUAGGAAGCCUUUUCGCGAUGGCGCAGUCCAUGGUUCAGGACAAGUUUGCAAUACGGCGUGAAGGUUGGAAUUCAGUUCCCGAGCAUCGUCUAUAUUUCUCGUGCCUGCAAAGCAUAUUACUCCCAGCUGGGCUCUUCAUAUUCGGGUGGACAUCACAGUUUCAAGUUCACUGGAUUGUUCCCGCCAUUGGAGUGUUUAUUUCCACCAUGGGUAUUUUCUCAAUUUAUCUCGCCGUAUUUAACUACCUUGCCGACAGUUAUCAUGGAUACGCAAGCUCAGCGCUUGCAGCGCAAAGCUUCUGUCGAAACAUGCUAGGUGGCAUCUUUCCUCUGGUUUCAAAAGCGCUAUUCAACAAUCUAGGCUUUGGCCCAGCUGCAAGUUUGCUUGGAGGUAUAGGGGCUGCCUUGACAUUUGUGCCCUGGCUGCUGGUAGUAUUCGGUCCACAGAUUCGAAGGAGGAGCAAAUUCAUUAGAGAAGGCAUGUACUGAAAGGGGAAAUUUGAUCCCAUGUAGUUAUGUCAUUAAUGAGGAAUGACGAGCAGAUCAGUGAGGC